GUUUACCUUUAGUUAAAAAUGAAGAGGUAUAUAAAAUCCAUCACCAACCUUGGCUGGUAAGUUGCUUGAUCUUUCGUGACAUCUUUUAUUAUUCAUACAUAUAUAAACUUAAUUUCCUUUUCUCUUUCUCUCAAACUCAUCUUCCCCACCAUCCAAAGUUCAAAAACCCCGUCUUUUCUCCACAAUUUCUUUUAGAAAAGAAAAAAAAUACAUACUUUUCUUGACUUCAUUCCCAUAUAUGGAAGGUGGUGAACUGAGUGAAGGCACUCCUGAAGAACUAGGUGAAAACAGAUUAAAUUACUCUGGCUAUGGCUUUAUAUUUUCUGUUGGAAUCAUUAUAAUCCUUAUAGUCAUAACUUAUGCUUCUUAUUUGUACAUUCGAAUGCGAUCUCGCAAUAAUUCUGCCACAACAAUAACGACAGUUGAAAAUGGAAUGAUUAUUAUUCAACAAGGUAUUGACGAAGAUACUAUACGGACCUAUCCAAAGUUAUUAUAUGCACACAAAGUAGGUGACACUGCAUCUUCUUCUGGCUGUUCUAUUUGUUUGGCUGAUUAUAAAGAUAAAGAUAUGCUUAGGCUAUUGCCUAAUUGUGGCCAUCUUUUUCAUAUCAUGUGUAUUGACCCUUGGCCUAGGCUUCAUCCCACUUGUCCUAUUUGUAGAAAUUCUCCACUUCCUUCUCCUUUGGUUGAGGUGGUUCCUCUUUGAUAGGUUAGUCGGAUCAAUGAAUACUGUAUACCAAAUGGUUAUACAAAAAAGAAAGUGGUUCUCAUGCAACAAGGGAAUUUGAGUCCAUUAGUUACUCCCCAUCAACAAAUUCAAGAAGGUAGAUGAUUUCUUUUCUUUUUCAGUUCUUUGUACUUUAAAUUUUUAUAAUACUUUCGGAUCAUUGAUAUGCAUUUCGGCUAAUUUACUUGGUAUCAAACCGCCUUUCACCUGUACCAUUAUCGUGAUAACUUCGUCCAUCAAAACUUAAGUAGAUGAAAAGAAAUCACCUAGUAUUAUUUCUU